AUCAUUACGGCGAUUUGCACCUCUCCAAGACAGCUCGUCAAUGCGGCGGUUGCUAAAUUUAAGUUUGCAAGAUAAGCGUCAAUUCCUGGAAUCCUUUGACUACGUCCUGACCGAUUGUGAUGGAGUUCUGUGGACUUUGAAUGAGCAUCUUGAAGGAACUGAUCGCGCCAUUAGAGCCUUGAAGGAUGCUGGAAAACGUGUCGUUUUCGUCUCAAAUAAUGGAGCAAAAUCUCUGGACAGCUAUCAGAAACAAAUUGCCGGUUUAGGACAUUCCGCGAGUGAAGACGACAUCGUUUACCCGGCAAUUAGUGUUGUAAGAUACUUGCAGUCAAUCGAUUUUAAAGGAUUAAUCUUCGCGAUAUGCUCAAAAACCUUCAUGGACAUUCUUAGGAAAGCUGGCUAUGAGGUCAUCAGUGGGCCCAACGAUCCUCUCCCGGAAUCCGUUGACAUCAUCGUGAGCACUAUUGAUGACAAACUACCAGUAAAAGCAGUAAUAUUUGACAACGAUUUCAACUUUAACCAUAUGAAAUUGUUUCGCGCCGAGUUGUACUUGAAAAAUGACCCCAACUGUCUGCUGGUUGCCGGAGCUAUUAGUCCACGAAUAUUCGUAACCCCUCAGGUGGAUGUGACCGGCAUGAGCCAGUACCUUAGUGUGUUAGAACAAAGUACCGACAGAAAAGCAGUGAUUCUAGGAAAACCAAGUCCUCGCUUGGCAGAGCAACUGAAAAACCACUUGAAAAUUUUACAAAAUCAACGGGUACUGUUCGUGGGCGAUAUGAUUGCUCAGGAUGUGACCUUUGGGAGGGCUGCCGGAUUUCAGACUUUGCUGGUGCUCUCUGGCGGAACCAGUCUCGAAAUGGUUGAAGCACUGAGUAACGACGAAAAUGUUCCAGAUUUUUACACGGAUAGUUUUGCAGACCUUGAUCGUUUGAUACAGGAUGUAACGCAAAAUAGAAAAGACGCUACUGAGUAG